CGAGAAUAUAUUAGAAAUUGUUUAAUAAACUACUUUAUAUGCAUGUUCGGGUGUGUGUUGUGUGAAGAAUUUCUGUGCACAUAAUGUAUACAAUAAUUAAUCUUAUCAUUAACCGGAGCUUAAAACUUCGGAGAAAGUUACCCUGCACUCACAAAAGAAAUUAUCGAAUUCUAGAUGUAACUAUUCAUUUGGCUAUAUCCGAGAAAUACAAUGAAACGUUGUAUGAAAUAUUAAGAAUUGAUCGACUCCAAAACAAUUUAACUUUCCAUUAAAUAUCGAC